GUUUAACCAUUCUCCUCCUAGAAACAGCCAUGGGACAGACUGUCACCACCCCCCUGAGCCUCACGCUUAACCACUGGUCAGACGUGAAGGCACGAGCCAACAAGGAGGGAGUUGUAAUCAAGGAAAAUAAAUGGACCACCCUUUGCGAGGCCGAAUGGGUCAUGAUGGAAAUAGGAUGGCCUCGCGAGGGAACCUUUAACCUCAGUCUUAUUUCACAGGUGGAGGGAAAAGUUUUCGCUCCGAGUCCCCAUGGCCACCCGGACCAGGUCCCAUACAUCGCCAUGUGGAGACUCCUGGCGACAGAACCCCCUCCAUGGGUUAGGCCGUUUCUCUCCCCUCCAGCCCCCUGGCUCCCUCCCGCCCCUCCUACCUCCUCCACAGCACCACCGCUCCCUCCCGUCCCUCCUACCUCCUCCCUUUACCCUGUUCUCCCACGAAAGGAUCCCCCUAAGGCUCCUGUCCUCCCCCCAGACCCCAAUUCACCUCUUAUUGACCUCCUAACAGAGGACCCACCACCAUACCCGGGGAGUCGGGCGCCGGAGGGACCGGCGGCCCCCGCAGAGGCGCCUGAACAGGCUCUACAGAGAGAGCGGGAGGAUGAGGCUCCGGCUCCCUCCCCAAUUUCCGGUCGCCUACGAGGAAGGCGCGACGAACCAGCCAAAGAAUCCAGGGCCUUCCCCCUUAGGGAAGGUCCUAAUCACCAGCUCCAAUACUGGCUGUUUUCGGCCUCUGAUCUUUACAACUGGAAGCAGCAUAAUCCUCCUUUCUCUAAGGACCCUGUUGCCUUGACUAACCUGAUUGAGUCCAUUUUAGUGACCCACAAGCCCACUUGGGAAGAUUGUCAGCAGUUACUGCAGACCCUCCUGACGGUGGAGGAGAAGCAGCGAGUCUUCCUGGAGGCUCGGAAGCAGGUUCCAGGAGACGAUGGAAGACCCACCCAAUUGCCUAAUGUCAUUGAUGCAGCCUUUCCGCUCACCUGCCCGAACUGGGACUUCGCGACCCCAGAAGGUAGGGAGCACCUACGUCUCUAUCGCCAGUUGCUCUUGGCGGGUCUCCGAGGGGCUGCUAGACGCCCUACCAAUUUGGCCCAGGUUAGGAAUGUGAUCCAGGGAAAGGAGGAGACGCCGGCAGCGUUCUUGGAAAGACUUAGAGAGGCUUAUAGGAUGUAUACCCCAUACAAUCCGGAAGAUCCAGGACAGGCGCCGGGUGUCAUCUUGUCUUUCAUCUAUCAGUCAAGUCCAGAUAUAAGGGCCAAGUUACAGAGACUAGAAGGAUUGCAUUCAUUCAGUUUGUCAGAUUUAUUGAGAGAGGCAGAAAAAGUGUUUAAUAAGAGAGAAACUCCCGAAGAGCGGGAGGAGAGGAUGUGGCAGAGGCAAGAAGAGAGAGAUAAAAAACGUCAUAGGGAAAUAAGUAAAGUCCUGGCCACUGUAGUGUCUCAGGGACAGGUCAGAGAGGGAGCUAGGACGGGAGAUCAAAGAAGGACACCGCUUGACAAAGACCAGUGUGCUUACUGUAAACAGAGAGGACAUUGGGCUCGUGACUGCCCAAAGAAGCCUCAAGGGUCUCGGAGACCUAAGCCAAGGGCCACGGACCUCCUCAAUCUGGAGGAUUAGGGAGGUCAAAGCCAGGAGCCCCCCCCCUGAGCCUAGGAUAACUCUCAAGAUUGGGGGGCAGCCAGUGACCUUCCUAGUGGACACCGGAGCUCAACAUUCAGUCCUGACCCAUACCAGAGGCCCUCUCAGU